UCCGUGAUAUCGCUGGUUGCAGUAGAUCUACAGAAGAAAAACUCCGGUUGCCAUCAAUCAUUAUCAAUCAACAGUACAGGGUUGACUUCAACAGUUUGCUGAGUUUGUGAAAUCAAUCGAACCCCCAAAUGCUGAUGCAGGCGGCGUACAUCUACAUCUAAACCUUUGAGAAGAUACGAAUAGUCGUCGAGUAGAAGAUGACCGCGGUUUUCUUGCUAGCGGUGUUGGUAGUCUGUGCAAACUGGUCAUCGGUUUACGCUACAAGUGAUGACGAUUGGACGUUAGAGGAUGAAUACAGGUUAGGGAAAGGUAACGGUUAUGGGCCAGAUCCUAAUGGUGUGCCACUGGACUUCAGAUGUGCGUGGCGAAAACUAGCGUUGGAUUAUGCUCGCCAGCUUCGUCCGGACAGUGUGCCUAAUGUCCAUGAUGCCCUGUUGCUAGGCUCCAUGUGCAAUGUUAGUCUGAGCGAGGCUGACAAAUCAGUGGUACCCGUCUUUCCACCACGCGAAUGGCCAGCCAAGUGGUUCGAUGAUGGGGUAACCCAAUAUGUGGAUGCUGUGAACGGUGAUGACAGUCACUCGGGUACAACGCCCGACAGCCCCAAGAAAACCAUCCAUGCUGCUCUGGCUGCCACGCGUCAGGCGGGGCCAGGCUCAAAAAUAGUUCUGCGUAAGGGGACGUUCUAUUUGCCGACCCCCCUGGAACUGACGCCAGCAGACAGUACAUUGAUCAUUAGCAAUUACCCGGGUGAGGAGGUCUGGGUUAGUGGUGCUCACCUUCUCAACAACCUGCAGUGGAAGUCACAUGACGUGACCAAGGGUAUGAAUGUAUAUGUAGCGGAUGUAGCGGAUGCAGAGGGCAUUGCUUUCACCGGACUCAGAGUCAACGGAAGACGUGUGACAAGAGCCAGGCGACCAAACUCCGACCCGGAGCGCGACUUUUUCCCGAAAGGCUGGUUCCCGUCAAGUACAGCAGCAAAGUGGCUACCCGCCCAUGAGUACGGGCCAGCCAAGGAAGUACAACUUGGACCAGUACGUAACAUAACAGGAAUGUUUGAGAUGUACGGUGUUGGAAUUGGUGGACCAUGCUCUCAGUUCUCACCUCCUGUUAGCUACUGGUGUCAGAAACAUCCACCUGGUGGCUUCCAGUACUACGUACCAUCUGGUAUGACAUUCAAAGGCAAGGAGGUGUUUGAUGCAAGGUAUGGCCCUGUCAACGGGCCAUGGAAGAACAUCACGGGAGCCGUGGCGCACGUGUGGCGUUCAGGUCAUUGGUCUAGCUGGAUGUUUGAUGUGGACGCUUACUCGCCUGACCAGGACACACUGCACUGGACACGCGGAGGAUUUCAGGGUGCCCGUGGUGGUAGAGGCAGUGAUUGGUUCAUUGAGAACGUCUUCCAGGAACUGGACGCACCAGGGGAGUGGUUCUUUAACCGUGACACCAGUCAACUGUUCUAUUUCCACAACGCAAGCAGUGGCACAGCACCACCAGCUGACCUACAAGUGGAAGCUACCAAUCUGCAGGUUCUGAUCAAUAUCACCGGUACACAGGCCAACCCAGUCAAGAAUGUCACCAUCUCUGGCAUUGGCUUUUGCGACGCAGCCUACACAUACCUGUCACCACACGGAGUACCCAGCGGAGGUGAUUGGGGUCUGGAGCGACUUGGUGCUCUGUUCUUUCAAGGCACUGAGAACUGUGUUGUGAACAGCAGUAUCCUGCACCGCAUGGAUGGUAAUGGUAUCAUGCUUAGUGGCUAUAACCAACACACCGUUCUAUCAAACAACAACUUUUCUUGGACCGGCAGUACAGCCAUGGCUGCAUGGGGAAUCACAGAUGAGAUCAGUGACGAGGGCAAGCAUGGCAACGAUGGCACCGAUGGGAAUUUCCCUCGCUACACCAUGAUCUUGAACAAUGUCGUACGUGAAACUGGAAUCUGGGAGAAGCAGUCGUCUGGCUGGUUCCAAGCCAAGUCUGCACAGUCUGUCCUACGUGGAAACAUCAUUUACAACCUAGCGAGAGCAGCUGUCAAUAUUAAUGAUGGAUUUGGAGGUGGAAAUGACAUCACGGAGAAUCUGAUCUUCAACACAUGUCGUGAGAGCAGUGACCAUGGUCCUAUCAACAGCUGGGACAGACAACCGUUCCUUACUACAGUCAACGGCGGAACAGCCGGAGUUAUCCCACUGGUCAACGAGAUCCACAACAACUUCCUUGUGUCGAAUUACGGCGGCACCAAGGGUGGCGUGGACAACGACGACGGAAGCAUUCUGUACGCAAACCAUGACAAUUUUGAAAUCUACGGCUGGGGCCAGAAGAAUGGUAUCGGAUGUGGUGACCACCGCUCCUAUAACAAUGUGCAUCUGUAUUUGACCACCGGCUACCUUGGUCACACUAAUUUCUUUGGUUACGAGCAAUACGCUGACCAGGUGUACAAUGAAACCUGGCUGUUUGGCAACGGGACUACAAGCUACAUCAAGGCUGGUGCUGGCUGCUCGUUGGCUGCCGUAUCGAAAACAUUCAUUGCACCGAACUGCCACGACAACACGGUCUAUGACGCUACAGCCAGUGAGCCCAAGGUCACCUGUGGCAAGGACAGCCUGACUAUUUCCGAAUGGCAGGAGAAAACCGGCCUCGACAAGGGAACCACUGUCAGCCAGCAGCUACCCAGCAACGACGAGCUGAUGAACAUGGGACGGAGGUUGCUGGACAUGACUCCACAGUAACACGUCCUCCUGCUCAGAUGUAGACUACUCGGAACGGUAUAAGAUGUUAAAACUUAUUAGAUACGCUUUACUCAAUCUGCUCGACAGCUAGCUGUUUCCACCUUGUCUGGUCUCAUUGGUGGACGCAGAGAUGGUUUAUAUGUAAAACAAAUUGUUACUUCCUCAGAGCUGGCAUGCAGCAUGCAGUACUCGUGUCACUUUUUAGUUUACACUCUCAGAUCUCCGCAACGGUUGUUGAGAACUUCGGAACAACAUGGCAGUUAAGCGGACAGUACACGGACACCUGAACUGUGUGCUCCAGUUCUCCAAGAGGGAGUCCGAGCAAGCCACCCCGGCACUGUCACACAGCAUAUUCCCACACCUGCAUGAGUGGAAGUCACAUUAAAUUGACUAACUAAAACGAUAAGAAACAAGGAUCUCUCGAGUAUAGCAUUAUUACGUUAAAAAUUAUUUUUUUAAUACAGAGAGAUGCCACCAG